CGCACUACGUAUUUUUCAGCCGCAGUGCGCGGGUCGAACUUAGAAUUCUGUUGCUUUCAUUGAUUUGAAACGCAGACCUAGCUAACUUAAUUUUUAGCUUAAUUUAAACAAAUUUUAUUUACAAUUAAACAAACGAAACUAGAGAAAAAUCAUGUCGAUCGUCUACAGAAAUUCUAUGAAGACCGUGGGAAAAUUUGUGCCAGAAUCCCUUCAGCCUUUGUGGAAUCAUCCAGCUGGUCCACAGACGAUUUUCUUCUGGGCACCGUGCUUUAAAUGGGGUCUUGUUAUAGCCGGACUUGGAGAUUUGCAAAGGCCUGCAAGUCAAGUUUCUCUUAGCCAAUCAAGUGCUCUUGGACUUACUGGAAUUAUCUGGACACGAUAUUCAUUGGCUAUUACACCAAAAAAUUGGGGUUUAUUUAGCGUAAAUCUGUUCGUCGCGGGCACCGCAAUAUACCAAAUCACGAGGGCCAUUAAAUAUCAAAGAGAACAAGCAGCAUUAAUAUCAACAGCGAAUGGGCAAUGAUGACAUCUUACUGAAUCAUUUUGCUCACUUGGAACUUAACUCGCAUAAAAUCUUUAGGAACCAAUUAAUAAUUAAUUCACAUCUAGUAAAAACAGGUACAAGAAGAAGAAACCUUUUUUCUAGAAAGAAAGGAAGGAAGAAAAAACGAGUUUUCAAUGGAACGCUGUGUGACUCGUUAGGUCAAAUAAAAGUUAUUUUUGUUUUUAAUCAUUCAAUUGAUCUGAAUCAUAAUUUUCCAAAAGAAAAAAGUUUGGAAAAUAAUUGACAGUAAUAUUUAAUUUUGUAGAUAAAUUAUUCACUACCGACAUAAGUUCAUAUUGUAAUUAACUUCAGACAUUCCCAGUAAAAGAUAAUUUUAUUUAUUAUUAAGAUUUUGGUUUAUAAAAAGAGUUAUCUAACAGUUAUGCGAUUUCAUAACGUUAAUAUGGCUCCAUUAUUAAAACUUUGGAGUACGGAAUCUUUUAUUUUUGCUGGGAAGUUUUGUAGGGCAAUUAAUUUCUAGAAAUUAUUCUCAAAGUACCUGUAAUAAUUAAAAAUUUCCACGCUGAUAAUGAAUGAGUCUCGAACUUAGAUAAAUAAACAAAGAAUUCCAAAUUUUAUUCUUCAAGUUGUUACGAGAUUUAAGGUGAUAAAAUUAAUGCAAUUCGUACCUCAUGAAUGUAAAGUACAUACGUACUGUCAUCGAUAAGAGAUUACGAAUUAGGAUAACGUUUCCACAUCACUGAUGUAGAAUUAUUGCAUAAAGAGAAAGUGUAAUAUUAUAUUAUCUAGGUUAUCUAGGUUCGUCUAUUUCUCUUAUUGUAGUCCCGAUAAAUCUGAAUAAAACGCACAUAUUUUUGUUACAUCA